CAGGCUAGAGUGCAAUGGCGCGAUCUCGGUUCACUGCAACCUCCACCUCCCGGGCUCAAGCGAUCCUCCCGUCUCAGCCUCCGGAGUAGCUGGGAUUACAGGCGGGCACCACCACGCCCCGCUAAGUUUUCGUAUUUUUAGUAGAGACCGAGUUUCGCCAUGUUGGCCAGGCUGUUCUCGAACUCCUGAGCUCAAGCAAUCCGCAGCCUCGGCCUCACAACGUGCUGGGAUUACAGGCGUGAGCUACCGCGCCAGCCUCACGUGACCUUUUUGAGUGAAGUGUUGUGGGGCCUUCAGUGGCCUGGUUGUGGGGCCAGGAAAACGCGCUUGGUUUCACUGAGUUAAAAGAAACCUAUUUUAAUAUGAAAAUCGGUUCUUGUGAAGAGCACACUCCUGGAAGGACCCAGGAGGUCAUCUACACUCGCAGGGUUUUCCAGACUUGUCUGAUUAUUAGUAACACCUGGCUGGGCCCAGCCCAAUCCCAGUGACUUGACUCUCUGGAAGAGGGGCUUGGGAAUCUUUCUCAUUAAGGAGCUCCCCAGAUGAUUCUCCUGAGCGGGUAAUGUUGGGAAACCCUGGAGCAUCCAGCCUGGUGAUUUUGUGCUGAGGGCCGCUGCGCCUGUCAAUGGCCCACUUGGAAGUAGAGCCUGGACCACCUAGUCCAAGUCAAUGGCUGCAUCCUGCAGCUUUCGCGCCCUCGACCCGCAAGUAUUUGCGAGGUAUGUGAGGAGCAGCGCUGUGAGGAGGAAGUCUUCCCCCUGGCCAUGAACUACCUGGAUCGCUACCUGUCCUGCGUCCCCACCCGAAAGGCGCAGCUGCAGCUCCUGGGUGCGGUCUGCAUGCUGCUGGCCUCCAAGCUGCGCGAGACCACGCCCCUGACCAUCGAAAAACUGUGCAUCUACACCGACCACGCUGUCUCUCCCCGCCAGUUGCGGGACUGGGAGGUGCUGGUCCUCGGGAAGCUCAAGUGGGACCUGGCUGCUGUGAUUGCACAUGAUUUCCUGGCCCUCAUUCUGCACCGGCUCUCUCUACCCCGUGACCGACAGGCCUUGGUCAAAAAGCACGCCCAGACCUUUUUGGCCCUCUGUGCUACAGAUUAUACCUUUGCCAUGUACCCGCCAUCCAUGAUCGCCACGGGCAGCAUUGGGGCUGCAGUGCAAGGCCUGGGUGCCUGCUCCAUGUCCGGGGAUGAGCUCACAGAGCUGCUGGCAGGGAUCACUGGCACUGAAGUGGACUGCCUGCGGGCCUGUCAGGAGCAGAUCGAAGCUGCACUCAGGGAGAGCCUCAGGGAAGCCGCUCAGACCAGCUCCAGCCGAGCACCCAAAGCCCCCCGGGGCUCCAGCAGCCAAGGGCCCAGCCAGACCAGCACUCCUACAGAUGUCACAGCCAUACAUCUGUAGCCCUGGAGAGGUCCUCUGGAGUGGCCACUAAGCAGAGGAGGGGCCGCUGCCACCCACCUCCCUGCCUCCAGGAACCAUACUAUAUCUAAGCCUGAAGGGGCGUCUGUUCCCCCUUCACAAAGUCCAAGGGGUCUGGUCCUACCCAUCCCCGCGGUGUGCACUAAGGGGCCCAGCCAGCCAUGUCUGCAUUUCGGUGGCUAGUCAAGCUCCUCCUCCCUGCAUCUGACCAGCAGCGCCUUUCCCAACUCUAGCUGGGGGUGGGCCAGGCUGAUGGGACAGAAUUGGAUACAUGCACCAGCAUUCCUUUUGAACGCCCCCCCACCCCUGGGGGCUCUCAUGUUUUCAACUGCCAAAAUGCUCUAGUGCCUUCUAAAGGUGUUGUCCCUUCUAGGGUUAUUGCAUUUGGAUUGGGGUCCCUCUGAAAUUUCAUGCAUGAUAGACACGUAUGAGGGGGAAUAGUCUAGAUGGCUCCUCUCAGUACUUUGGAGGCCCCUAUAUAAUCCGUGCUGACAGCUGCUCCUAGAGGGAGGGGCUUAGGCCUCAGCCAGAGAAGCUAUAAAUUCCUCUUUGCUUUGCUUUCUGCUCAGUUUCUCCUGUGUGAUUGACAGCUUUGCUGCUGAAGGCUCAUUUUAAUUUAUUAAUUGCUUUGAGCACAACUGUAAGAGGACGUCAUGGGGUCCUGGCCAUCCGACAAGUAGUGGUAACCCUGGUGGUUGCUGUUUCCCUCCCUUCUGCUACUGGCAAAAGGAUCUUUGUGGCCGAGGAGCUGCUACAGCCUGGGGUGGGGUCAUGCCCUCCUCUCCCAUUGUCCCUCUGCCCCAUCCUCCAGCAGGGAAAAUGCAGCAGGGAUGCCCCGGAGGAGGUGGCUGAGCCCGUCUAGAGAGGGAGGCAAGCCCUGUUGACACAGGUCUUUCCUAAGGCUGCAAGGUUUAGGCUGGUGGCCCAGGACCAUCAUCCUACUGUAAUAAAGAUUGUGAAAUAAAACUGGUUUUGGCUUCUUGGA